AUGUACUAUGCAUAUCCAGUACCAGCCGGUGGCAGCACAAGCAAUGGAUACUCAAAAACGGGUACUACAGGAGCAACCUCAACAGCCACAUCUGGUGCAACUGGGUAUAACUACGAUGCUGCCGCGAAAAAUACUGUAACUGGAACAACAGGCACUGCUGAUCCUAGUAAUUAUAACAUUGGCUACUCCGGCUCGGGCUCAGCUUCUACAGUGACAUCAGGUGGUUCAGCAGGAUAUAAUUAUGGCAGUGCAGCACAAAACACGGUAUCAGAUUACACUGGAGGUGGUACGUCUAUAGCUGUUUCAGGAUCUGGAAGGUACAACUAUCAGAUACAAAAUACAGGAUUACAAACUAAUACCAAUACCGGUUCAACUAGUUAUACUGCGUCUACCUCGGGUUUAAAUUCUGUAUUAUCUACAACUAGCGGUUCAACAAAAGCACCAGAAUAUUUACCACCUACAAAUAUAGGUAGAGGAAACGUAGACGGUAGUGUAACAUCCAACACUCAAGCCGGAUCUGGAAAUAUUAGUUUAAGGCCUUCGGAUUCAUACAUUCCACCUUCAACAUCAGUUUCUACGCAGCAGAAAACACCGUCAGUUACAGUCACGCAAACCGGGGGGUAUAUUGCACCGUCAGUGAAUGUCGGAACGCAAACGUCUAUUGCUCCUGUAUCUACACCUAAUUCAUUUUAUCUGGUUCCUAAUACUGGUUCUCAAAUUUCGAAUAAUCAAAAUACCCAAACUAAAGUGACUGAAACGUCGUCAGGAACCAUACAGCAAACACCUAAUCAAGAAUAUUUGCCACCUGUAAUUACUUCUUCAGGCAUGGUUAGUCAAAGACCUGUGACGCCUGCUGCAAAAUACUUACCACCUGUUUUUAAAUAA